AUGUUGCAACGAGGCAGCGACGGAAGUGGCGCCUAUUCCGCGCCCGACAGCAACCGGUCAGCGUGGCAGAGCGCUCACUACGCGCUACGACGACUUCUUCAUCACACUGUGGCGUUGCUCGGGGUCCUCGGCAGUGGUGGGGAUGGUGAGCGAGACGUGUGUCGCGGCGCCAGUGAUGCUAUUCACAUAACUGCCAGCAGCAGCGUUUCGCGACUUGAAAUGGCCCAGCGGAUGGUGGCGCAUAUCAUGGAAGCAGCGGGGAGGGCCCGUGGCGUUGUGCUCUCGGUCCACGACGGCGCGCUCUCAGCGGGGGAUGCGAGUAACGCUGGCGGCGAUAGUGCAGCAGGGGACCUCGGGUGGCAGCUCGGCACAGUGGAUGGGGUGCUCUCCGGUUGUGAUGCAGCUGCAACCCAGCUGCUCAAACAGUUACAGCACCACCCGACAGACCCGCAGCAGUAG